AUGAAGAAUAUCAUCUUUGACAUAGCCAAAGGACUAUCCUACCUUCAUCAAGAUUGCAACCAGAAGAUAAUUCACUUAGACAUCAAACCCGAAAACAUCCUUUUAGACGAGAACUUCAACGCCAAAUUAUCGACAAUGAUAAGAAAAGACCAGAGUCAAGUCAUUACAACCAUGCGGGGAACCCCGGGUUACAUGGCUCCCGAAUGGUUCAUCUCCGUCAUAACCGAGAAAGCCGAUGUCUAUAGCUUCGAGAUCCUAUGCGGUCGACGAAACAUCGAUGGAUCUCGACAAGAGAACGACCGGCAUUUACUGGAACUGUUGAAGAGGAAGCUAGAGGAAGGACAGCUCGUGGAGUUGGUCGACAAGCGGAGCGACGAUAUGUAG